UACAUCAAGCCCGACUACUGUCGGCCCAAGUACAUUGAGCCCCAGCACCGGAAUUCCAACCACCUUUCGCCCAGCACGGGAGUCCCUACCACGCGGGCCCAAGCACCGUGGUCCCAACUACCUUGUCAGUACUGUGACCCCACCACUAAGUCCGACCACAGCCGCACCCAGCACCUUGUCUCCCACGUGCCAUGGCGACCAGCUCCACCCCCACCACCCUGUCCCCACGACUCUUGCUCCCACAACCAGAGUCCGAGCACCACAGGUCCCACAACUGAAGCACCCAGCACCGCUGGUCCCUCAACGAGAGUCCUAGCACCGGUACUCCCUCAACCAGAGUCCCUCAACGGGGACCCCGACAAACCGUUGGUCCCACUACAGGAGCCCGAGCACAGGGAUCCCACAACUGUAAGCCCGAGCACGGGAGGCCCCACGACUGUUGGCCCCAGCACGGCAGGUCCAACAACUGCUGCUCCCAGCACGGGAAUUCCCACCACACUCUCCCCAACCACUGUGAGCCCCAGCACCUCCGAACCAUCCACUGUGAGCCCCAGCACCUCGGGACCAACCACCGUGAGCCCCAGCACAGGAACGCCCAGUACCUUGUCGCCCAGUACAUCAAGCCCGACUACUGUCGGCCCAAGUACAUUGAGCCCCAGCACCGGAAUUCCAACCACCCUUUCGCCCAGCACGGGAGUCCCUACCACCACGGGCCCAAGCACCGUGGUCCCAACUACCUUGUCGCCAAGUACUGUGAGCCCCACCAGCCUAAGUCCGACCACAGCCAGCCCCAGCACCUUGUCUCCCACGGUGCCAGUUGGCGAGCCCAGCUCCACCCCCACCACCCUGUCCCCCACGACUCUUGCUCCCACAACCCAGAGUCCGAGCACCACAGGUCCCACAACUGAAGCACCCAGCACCGCUGGUCCCUCAACUGAGAGUCCUAGCACCGGUACUCCCUCAACCGAGAGUCCCUCAACGGGGACCCCGACAACCGUUGGUCCCACUACAGCGAGCCCGAGCACAGGGAUCCCCACAACUGUAAGCCCGAGCACGGGAGGCCCCACGACUGUUGGCCCCAGCACGGCAGGUCCAACAACUGCUGCUCCCAGCACGGGAAUUCCCACCACACUCUCCCCAACCACUGUGAGCCCCAGCACCUCCGAACCAUCCACUGUGAGCCCCAGCACCUCGGGACCAACCACCGUGAGCCCCAGCACAGGAACGCCCAGUACCUUGUCGCCCAGUACAUCAAGCCCGACUACUGUCGGCCCAAGUACAUUGAGCCCCAGCACCGGAAUUCCAACCACCCUUUCGCCCAGCACGGGAGUCCCUACCACCACGGGCCCAAGCACCGUGGUCCCAACUACCUUGUCGCCAAGUACUGUGAGCCCCACCAGCCUAAGUCCGACCACAGCCAGCCCCAGCACCUUGUCUCCCACGGUGCCAGUUGGCGAGCCCAGCUCCACCCCCACCACCCUGUCCCCCACGACUCUUGCUCCCACAACCCAGAGUCCGAGCACCACAGGUCCCACAACUGAAGCACCCAGCACCGCUGGUCCCUCAACUGAGAGUCCUAGCACCGGUACUCCCUCAACCGAGAGUCCCUCAACGGGGACCCCGACAACCGUUGGUCCCACUACAGCGAGCCCGAGCACAGGGAUCCCCACAACUGUAAGCCCGAGCACGGGAGGCCCCACGACUGUUGGCCCCAGCACGGCAGGUCCAACAACUGCUGCUCCCAGCACGGGAAUUCCCACCACACUCUCCCCAACCACUGUGAGCCCCAGCACAGGAACGCCCAGUACCUUGUCGCCCAGUACGUCAAGCCCGAAUACUGUCGGCCCAAGUACAUUGAGCCCCAGCACCGGAAUUCCAACCACCCUUUCGCCCAGCACGGGAGUCCCUACCACCACGGGCCCAAGCACCGUGGUCCCAACUACCUUGUCGCCAAGUACUGUGAGCCCCACCAGCCUAAGUCCGACCACAGCCAGCCCCAGCACCUUGUCUCCCACGGUGCCAGUUGGCGAGCCCAGCUCCACCCCCACCACCCUGUCCCCCACGACUCUUGCUCCCACAACCCAGAGUCCGAGCACCACAGGUCCCACAACUGAAGCACCCAGCACCGCUGGUCCCUCAACUGAGAGUCCUAGCACCGGUACUCCCUCAACCGAGAGUCCCUCAACGGGGACCCCGACAACCGUUGGUCCCACUACAGCGAGCCCGAGCACAGGGAUCCCCACAACUGUAAGCCCGAGCACGGGAGGCCCCACGACUGUUGGCCCCAGCACGGCCGGUCCAACAACUGCCGCUCCCAGCACGGGAAUUCCAACCACACUCUCCCCAACCACUGUGAGCCCCACCAGUAUCGGUCCAACCACGGAUUCGCCCUCUACAUUGAGUCCAACCAUGUGCCAAUAUUCUACAACAACACAUGACACCACCAUUGGAUUUGAUAGUGACACAUCAUCAAUCUCUGAUGAGUCCCUAACAACGACCUUUGAAACUUCAUUCAAUUCAGUUGAACAAGAUGAAUGUCCAUCUACCUUGGAAUCCACAACUGUCUCCGAAAGAUCUAGAAGGAGAAAACUUGAGGCUGGUGGCUCCAACAGUAUCAAGUUUGAGCUCAGAAUUCAAUCAACAAAUCCAUUGACUUGGGUUGAUUCAACUGAAACAGAAACUACAUUCUUGACAACUUUUAAUUCCGAAAUCGAAACAUUUGGAGUCUCAGCACUUCAGGUCGAAGAUCAUCCAGCACCAACAAAUGCACCAACAGCCAGUCCAACCACAAGCAUACCUACCACAUCGGCCCCCACUGUUACAAUAGACCAGCCCAGUACAACUCCCUCCACUUUGAUUCCCACAUCAAUAAGCCCCAGCACAGCGAGCCCGAGCACUGCAGGCCCCACUACGCUUUCGCCCAGCACGGCUGUUCCCAGUACGGGGAUGCCCACAACCCUGUCGCCAAGCACAGCAGGCCCCAGCACUGGCGGUCCAAGCACGACUGGUCCCAGCACCACAGGGCCAACUACCUUGUCGCCCACCACGGUGAGCCCCACCAGCGCCAUCCCAAGCACUUCAAGCCCCAGCACCCUGGCUCCCACCGUCCCCGUUGGCGAGCCCAGUUCGGCGCCAACCACGCUGUCCCCGACAACCCUUGGUCCGACAACCGUGAGUGAGUCCGAGCACCACGGUUCCUCCACUCAGAGCCCAAGCACUGGUAGUCCCUCCACGAGAGUCCGAGCACUGGAAUCCCAACUACCUUGUCACCGAGCACCGGGGUCCCAACAACGGCCAGCCCAGCACCGGAGUCCCAACGACGGAUGCCCCGAGCACCGCGGGUCCGACAACGGAUGGCCCCAGCACGCUGAGCCCGAGCACGAUGGUCCAACAACGAUAGCCCAUACAGCGAGCCCGAGCACUGCAGGCCCCACUACGCUUUCGCCCAGCACGGUAAGCACCACUAGUGCAAGCCCAGACCUUAGCCCGACUCCUACUCCACUGUCCCUGUGCGGUGAACAAGUGCUGCUCCCCAACGUAUCCCACAACUCAGAGCCAGCACUUUGGAUCUGCGCUCAAAAGCCCAAGAGCCAUGGAGCCGUCGAUGAGAUUCAGCAACUGGGACCACCCUUUCGCCCAGCACUGGAGUCCACACAACGGCCGUCCGGGCACCGCAGGUCUACAACGUUAGCCCCGGUACAUCGAACCACCACCGGGCCCAACCACGGCCGGCCCUAG